AUGGAGGGCCAUCAAUUACAACCCUCAGAACGAAUCCCCGCCAUCCAGGAAUUUUUCGCACGAUGGAUACCCCAAAUUCAUCCUGUAAAAUCGCCAGAGGAAGAGUUUCAAGACAAUAUUAAGGGAUCCCAAGAUCAAUUCAACAGCCUAACAAACUCGUCCCAAAACUCAUUCGAAAAGCUCGAUGAGAUUCUUCGCUGCGGAGCUCGCAUCAAAGAGCUUAUGGCGUUACAUCAGGAUACUAAGGAACAAAAGGAGCACGAGUAUCAGCAGAAGCUCUUGGACCAGCAGAUUUCCUCACUUUUUGAACAUAUAGACCUAUUUGGUCCUGAACUUGGUAAAAGGCUAUGCAAUGAUUGGUGCGACCGGGUCGAUCACCCUCUUUCAACCACUACUGCUCAGUCAGACACUAUACCAGGCGCCGUCGACACCCACCAACCCGAAGACACAACUGCCUCGUGUUCCGCUCCCAUACAAGAACAAGAACCUCUUACCCAGCCGACAAGCACAAGAGAACCGCCGGCGCAAAGCACGAACGACUCCAUACCUAGCCCUCCCAACACCGAAAAUGCAUGCGAGCCAACCACCCGCCCGGACGAACUACACAGAACCCGACAGAAUACCUCAUCAGGUCCCCAAAAGAGACCAGUCGACUUCUCCGGAUCCCCCGAAUCUCAUCCAACCCGUCCAACGAAGCGCGUUCGAUCGGAUGUAACCCAAGGGCCUCUUACAGGCGACAGAACCAUUGAGUUCGAACGAGUCUACCAAAACGGCCAAGCCGAGCCCAAAUAUGUCAUCAUCAAGCAUAACAGGUUCUGGUACAUCCUCGAGUGCAAGAAACAUAGACUACAUUUCAACAAUCAUCCCAUUCGCGGUGCCGUGAAGCAUCUUCAGGGUAAAAAGCAUAACCAGACUUCUGUCAAUUUCGAAGAAGCCAUUCGGGCUCUUGGAACUCGUGUUCUUCACUGCGAUGAGAAUGGGGUCGCUGAAAAUAAUGAGGUUGCGCGAAGACUUUCUUACUCUCAGAUGUGUCGGCCUGCCGAUAGCCUUUCCUCCUCAUUUGCUCACAGUCUUUCUACGCGGAGUAACCAGAAUGUCACCCAGAUUGAUCCCCAGCCCGGAGAGGUGUACACGACCUUUUGGAGUGAGACAAAGCAGUUCUUUGCCAUUCUGGUUCUCCCUUGGCGCAAUGCCGGACAGCUUGGUAAAGACAUGUCGCUCACUGUCCAGGACACUGCUCUCAUCAGGAAGGUCCCAUCCUGUUAUCAAUACAACCAUGUUGACGAGUCAUUCGAAUGGGCUCCGGACUACCGCCCCUAUAGCCAGGACUACUCAAAGAGGAAAUAUCCCAUCAUGUAUUUUGAUGCGUCGGUGUUUCCGGGGGAGUGUCGCGUUAAUUGGGUUGCUGCGCGCGAGUUUCAAUUAUACGAUCCCCAGGUUGCUACUAUCCCGUUCAAAGGGAUCGUGGAUGGCUUUAUUGCCUCGAGAAAUAAGAGUGGUAAUGAAGCGGUCCCCCAUACCGAUGACCGACCGACUGCCGAAAUAUUCCCCCGCGAAGAACAACUUACAGGCGUCCCCGGUCGAGAGAUCAUUGUCAUCGAUGAUGAUAACGACGAUGAAACAGCAGGCCAUGAGCCAUGGCCCGAUACACCCGUCGGAUCCCCUCUUCCCAAGACCGAACCUCAGGAAGAGCCUAUGACGGCGGGUAAUGCCCAGCAAGACAUAAGCACCGGCACCAACCACAGCAAUGCGUUUUCACAGCAGCCGUUGAAGGCUGGGGUAGCGAAUCAUAGUCAAUGUCCAACAAACGAAAAUGCGGACUCUCAUGACAACUUGAUCCACCCGGCAGAGUUCCCUCGGCCUUUAGAUAACGCUAGUCAAACAGACCCUAUGCUGUUAAACCCCGAUCACGCUCGGCAACUUGAUGUCAUGUCCGAGGCUCAAGUACCAACCGGAGCCGCCUCUUCAAACCCUUUGUUUGAUAUGCAACCCCAGGCGACUGCUGUUGCUGAUGCUCCAUUGUCUCGAUGGCCUCCGGAGCUUUCGGCCGAAGAGCACGAACCGUCCCCAAUUGACAACACGAAUUUUCAUUCCCAUCUGCCACCUCAACCAGCGGCUACUGACACCCGCCCGCCUGAAGCCAUCAUGACCCCGCUGCAUUGUAACCAGAACCCACCAGACAACUCUCAGAGCCAGCCUGCCCAAACAACAGGAUUAUACGGUUACUUCAGCCAAGCGCGAAGUGCAUCAUCGCAAUGCCGACUUGAUAGCGACGGUCGUCUGAAAUGGAUUGCCCCCAAGACCAUUUCCGGGAUGGCUAGGAAGCAGAUGAGCAUGGGUGCUCGUCAACAUUAA